UUAUCCCAUUCCGGGCGAUCAUCACGCCACGAGAGUCUCUCCUUUACUGCAACGUGCGUUCCAACAUAAAAAAUCUUAAAGCCCCUGGAAAACCAAUUUUAUACAUGAACAAAUCCAACAGUUAUCAUCGAAUGAAGUUCCACAAAUGCAACAACAUUGAAGAACAUCAUAGUGAUCACAAGUGUAGUGUUAAAAAUCAAAAAUCCCCACUCUAAUCCUCACAAACAUCAAAUUAAUAAAUUAAUCAAUUUGUGAAGUUUAUUAAUCAGUAAUUGAAUUAUUUUUAUCAACGAUCGUAAAAAUCUGAUAAAAAUUUCAAACAUGUCGGUGAGAAUGGAAAAUGUCGCCGCACCGAGAAAGCUCAACUACAAAGUGAUGGGUACAAAUGGGCCAAGACCGACUUACGCGGGUGCCAAUAAUGGUAGUGCGGGUAAUGCCGGUGGUGGUGUGGGAGUUGGUGUCGGACCCACAGCCGGUGGACAUGGACUGAAAGGGAGUGCAGGUGGUGGCCCCCGUGGUGGUAAUCCAGUACAGUACAGAGCAAGUGGUGCUGGCGCCUGGGGAGCUGCACCAUCGCACGCAGCAGCCGCUGCCGCUGCGGCUGCUUACCCACCAUAUACAAGAUAUCCAACUGCUGCUGCUGCUGCAGCUGCAGCGGCGGCACAAAUGCCAGUUGGACAACAAUUACCAUCAACCGCUAAUCCUUACGCUGCUACUGCUUAUGCACAGCAUGCUUCUUACGGUGGACAAAGAGUACCAACGGCCUCGUCACCAGCAAAUACAAACAGUAGUUCCAGCAGUGCAACUGGCAGUCAGAGUGGCACAAUGAGUACGAAUCUUAGCAACAAUGCAAUGCAGGGACAACAGCCAGAACAAUUGUCGAAAACUAAUUUAUAUAUCCGUGGCCUCAACCAGAAUACAACGGACAAGGAUCUCGUCAACAUGUGUUCUCAAUACGGAACUAUAACUUCUACAAAGGCGAUUCUGGACAAAAAUACAAAUAAAUGUAGAGGUUAUGGCUUUGUAGACUUUGAGUCACCGGUGGCGGCAGAGGGUGCCGUGAAAGCACUGGUCGCCAAGGGCAUCCAAGCACAGAUGGCGAAAGUGGGUAUCUGGUUGCAUCGUAGACUGGCCAGUGUACGUUGGUUGUGCAUGCAACAACAGGAGCAGGACCCAACCAAUCUUUACAUCGCUAAUUUGCCAUUAAAUUUCAAAGAAAAUGAUGUUGAGGGGCUUUUGGCGCAACAUGGACAAGUGAUAUCGACUAGGAUAUUGAGAGACACCUGUGGACAGAGUAAAGGAGUUGGAUUUGCUAGGAUGGAAUCUAAAGAAAAAUGUGAACAAAUAAUCUCCAUGUUCAAUGGCAAAGCACUUGCAGGCUCCAAGGAUCCACUUUUGGUGAAAUUCGCGGAUGGAGGAAAUAAAAAGAAACCUUACAAGAGUUCUUUGUGGCGAGAAUCUGGAGAUAACAUGACACUGAAUUAUGAUACGUCUGGUGUGGGACAAAAUGGGGUUCCAACAGCUCAUAUGUUGCCAGCAGCUACGUUGGCUCAGUAUAGCCGUCAUUACGGUCAAGCAGUACCCGGUUAUACCGUGCCAGGUACCCCAUGGGUCGCCCCAUACGUUUUGCAAACCGGACCACCUCAUAUGCAACAGGUUGACAUGAUGCCUUCGGCGGAUCCCAGCAACCCGCAGUAUAGUAUGAUUCCACAGCUUACGACGCAAAUGUCGACGCUUCAUCUUGGAACCAACUAUAUCACGGCAAGUCCGCACCCGUACCCCUAUACAACUUACCCAGCUCCAAGUAUCAUCCACACGAUGCCACUUGGUGAUUCCGAACAGACGAGUAAUGCAGCAUCACCAGACGACUCUUAUCAACAGUACCAGGCACAGCAGCCCAAGUAGGCAACAGUUUAUAGGUACGAUUACGCCGAAGGAUAUAUAAGUUAGGGCAGCAGACGAAGAAAAUAAAGAAUCGUUGAGCCGGAAAGAUGAAAUAAAGAAUGAAAAGAGUCGAUUGUACACACAAAAAAAUACGAAUUUUUUCCUUCUCGACAACAAAAUAUAUAUAAUUCAAAGAAAAAUUGAGGAUGAAAUAAAAGAAUGGUGCAUAGAAUGAUUUUUUUUUCCGUGUGAGGGUAAAACAAUACUGAUGAGAGAGGAGGAGAAAAUGUAAUGAAAAGAGAAACUUGCCAGCCAUCUUUUAUACAUUUUACCAAGGAGAAAAGAACAAUAAUAGUUAAAUGGGGAAAAUCACAGGAGUUAAGGUAGUAUGAAAGUAGUUGAUAUUUUGCAACAAGUAGGUAAAAGUUAUGACAUGAGAAAAAAGGAGAAUUAAAUAGAAAAAAUAAUUGAAAAUGAACCAUGGACGAUUUGAGACAACAAUUGGCGUCAUCGUUUCUUUUUUUAGCAUUAUUAUUGAUUGAUUAAUUAAUUCAUGUUUUUUUAUUAUUUUUUGUUCGGUCCUAAUGGUCGGCAUUUUUUUGAAUAAUGUUCGAAGUUUAAUCAUUGAAUUCGCAAUGAAAUUGUCGACUUCAUGAUGACGAUAUGCUUCCAGGAUAAAUUUAAGUAUUUACGCGUUUACAAUGAGAGGAAAAAAUGAAAUAAAAAUGGAAAUAAUUCAGGAAAGUGCGAAUGAUAAAUGCGUGGAUUAAAUAUUUUACAAACGGAAAGAAAGGUGAAAUCAUGUAAUUAAUUAAAGGAAUGAUAAUGCUGCUCAGACGUUGGUUAGAUUCUACAGUUUUCCAUUCUUCCCCAAAUUUAAAAAGGUAGAAAGACAAGAUUAAAAAAUGCAAAAAUUGAUAAAAUUUGACUUUUAUCAAUUUUCGUAAUUUUUGUAUUUUAUAUGGAGUUUUUCUUUUAUUUUUUACAACUGCAGUUUGAAUGAGAAGAGGAAUAAGUCAAAUGGUACUAAAUUCUGGGGAUAGAAGUAUUUUCAUUAAUUGAAUCAUUUAUUUUAACGAGAAUUGACUAAUGUUUUUGUAAAAAUCGAAAUUUUCUUACUCCAUUUUUUUACUCUGUUUCGUUUUGAGUUAAGACAUUCCAAAUUAUCGUCAUACUUUUUAUUUUAUUCUUUAUCCCUGUAUCGAAGUGGUAAAGGACUAGAGAUGAGUCGAGAUUCUUUAUGUAUAGUAUAUUUUGCGAAGAUUUGAACCUGGGUUCAGAGGAAAAUCGCAGAAGGAUUUUUUUCUUGAAUAUGGGAUUACUUGCAAAAAAAAGUCUGAACUUUUUCCUUGCAAUCCACUAGUUCUACAGAUAUUCACAAAUUAAUUUGCAACAUCUCGAACCAUCUUCUCCACUCUACUCUCCUUAAUUAUCAAUUUUAUUUAUUCAUUUUCGGGGGAAACAGGAAGGAACCUGAGGAGGAAAAAGCGGAAGUUGUAAACAAAACGAUCAUGACCACUGGGAUAAAAGAAAUUGAGAUAAAAAAAAUCAUUUUUAAUUGUACAGUGAAAUAGCAUAUUUUUUUUAUCAUCGUGCCUUUUCAGAUAAAUACGAAGAAAAAAUAUGAAAAAUUCUGUCAGACUUGAGGGAAAAUUUAUUACCUAAAAAAUUUAAGUGAUUAACGAAAUAAGAAAGCAAUGAAUAAACGAGGGGAAAUAUAUUUUUACCAAUUGUUGAAGAGAAACGAAAUAAGAAAUAAAUCGAGAAAUUAACAAAGAAAAUUCUCGAGAACUUUUUCGAUAUCAACUUUCUAGCUUUCCCAUUUUUCGUCAUUUUUGACUACUUUUCAAUCAUUUUAUUUAUUUACCAAAUGUUUUUUUAAUAACAAAUACGACAUGUAGAUUUUUUACGGUAGAAUUUACAAAAAUUCAAGUAAAUCGAGGUGAAAAUUAAAAUAAUCAACCGAGGAAAAUUAAAAAGUUCAAGAUUGUUAGAAAAAGAUAGCAGUGAAAGAUAAGAAUAAAAAUUAGGGAUAAAGAGGUCAACCUUCUCUUCUUCCUCCUCCUCAUCCCUCAGCUCUAGAAUAAAUCGAACUGAAAUCAUUCGAGAUCAACAAACAAUCGAUCGCAUCGCUAAUCCAGCCGAGGGAUUUCCCUGCAAAACCCACAGAAAGGACAAAGAAAUCAUUGAUAAGCCAAGAAGAGUAAUUAAAGCUUUCUACCAAAUAAAACAAUCGAGUUUUUCCCUUGAAUCAAGACUCGAUGAAGACAUGAUUUUUGUAUGAUUGCAAGAGUGUGUGAAUGAUUGAUUAGAACGCGGUAGUCAGAUGGGGGGAAAAAAUAGUCUAGAUAGUUUUCUCGAAUGUUAAAGAGAAGAAUCGAAAAACAUUAUUAAUAAUCUGUCAAAGAAUUUUCAUGAUUUCUAAAAGUUGGUGAAAGAAAAAUAAUUGAACAGAGAAUAAAGUGGAAUCAAUUUUCUUACAUCAUCUAAAAUAUCUCAAAAAAUACGUGACUUGGAAACAUGAGGCUGCACUCAUUAGGAAGCCAGGAAAAUUUCCGCUGAUAAACUUUGGAUGACAAUCCAUUAUACCCUGUAACUUCCGCAAUUAUUCAAGAAUUUCACUGGGUAUCGAAUGAGGUCAAUACUAACCUUCUACCUCUCAUCGUUUUCGAGAUAUUCUCUGAGAUAUGGCUAGAUGAAGCAAUGAAACAAAUACCGAUAAUGGUUUUUCUAGUUUUUGGACUAAUUAUGAAUGUCAACUAUUACUCUAUGAUAAGACAAAUAAGGGGAUAUGGAUCGUGAAAAAGUCACCAAACAUCUUUAAGGAUAGAAAAAAGGGAGAACAAAAAAUAGAAAAAAAACGUAUGAAAGAUUUUUACACUGUUGAAUCUUGAAGUAAAUAAUAUAUUUAGUUUAUUUUGGUACAUCACAAUUUGAUCGUGUAUAUGGGUAAUGAACGAGUCAUAAAGUUUGAUCGACUGAGAGACAUUUAAAAAGUUAAUUAGAAAAAAGAAAUAAUUUAAAAAAGAAAGAUGGAAGAAGAGAAAUCAAUGGAGAAAGAAAAGAGUGUCGAAAUAUUUUUUAAGGUACCGAUUAUUGCACUCAUGUAUGAGUCAUUUAAAUGGUAAAUUGAUGAUGAUUAAGAACACAAAGAGAAGACGAAGUGAUGAUGGAAAGUGGAGUCAAUGAUGUAACGUAAAAAUAAAUGUAAACGACUAAUUCAAAAUCCUGAGACUGCAAAAAAAAUGAAUAAAUAACAAAACGACUGCGUCAUGUGAGAUAAAUCUAGGAGGUCUUAGAAAAUGAUAUAAAGAAACAAAACAAAUGAUUAAAUCCUCAUGUGAUUGAAUA